GGGUUUUGAGUAAGUUUUUGGGAUUCAAGACGGCAUGUCUUCGGAAGUGUCAAUUAUAUAGCACGAUGUUAAAAAAUACUCCACUUAGCGUCACAUUUGUCUUCCUAAUCUAGGGUUUUUCAAUUUACUUACUCCCUGUAACUCUUUAUGUCCACGCUUAGUGUAGUAGUAUUAAUGAGAUUGUUCCUUGGAUCCUAUGCAUUAUGUAUGUCUUCUGUCCAUCCUUAGCCCUCAUCAGAGACCUUUCGUCUUCUGUUCCACUGCUAAAUGUUCAUUCAUAAUGCCCAGGCAACUGUAUCCGACGUCGUUAAAAUGAGGAUAAUGUGUGUACACGUCUCGGCGACUGACGUCGGUUCUGAGCCAUGCCAUCACCUAGAGUCUCCAACCACUGGUUCCUCUUGUCCCACCGAACCGAACCACCUAGUCUGCAACGUCCAACAUGGCUUAAAACAACAGUCAGAGAAAGAAACCAUACUAGUCGUAAUCAUGGGAAUCCGUUUGUCGUAGAUGCCCACUGUGCUCUCGAAGACCAAAACUCUAUAUGUUAGAUAUACGUUAUUUUGAACUCAAGUAUCUGUAAAUUGUUCAUCACUCCGUACGCCUUUGGUAUUUUCCAGUAAAUGAGUGUAACACCAAAUUUCUAGGCAUUACUGUCAAACACGAGCUCCUGAUGCCUUUUUUCUUCACACUGAAAUACAGUUUUACUAUGCGUCGAAAUACAAUCUCCCAGUUCUUAAUUACCAUUAGCGCCUAACGUAAUUAAUAAGAAUUUCUUACCUACGACAAUGUUCAGGAACUCAGUGUCAAUUUGUUUUGAGCCUCUGCAAUGGCAGUUAAAUGGUGUUGAAAGUAGUACACUGCCAGUCCUAUUGGUCAUGGUCCAAGAAACUAUUGUUUGUGUUAGAUGUGUUGGGUACACCGUGAUUUGUUUCAUACAGCCUUUCAAAAUCUUUUUACAGUCGGUGUAUCCCCUGGUUGAGUUUUAUGGGUUGAUCUCUACUGUCAAUACUGGACAGUCCAUUUUGCCGCAGUAACAUCCUUUUUUUUAAAGCUUACCGUAUAGCCUGUGAAGGUUUUGCUAGCAAUAAUCUGAAGAUUCUGUGUGCACAUUGGAAAGAUCUUGGUUCAUCAAGGCUCCUGAUUGAGGUGGUUUGAAACUUCCCUCAAAAUCGAAACCAGUAGGGGUCUUGAAUCUAUUUUGUCAAAUUUGUGUUGGUUAAAAUCAAGAGCCCCACCGAAUCCUAUGACAGAUUGCUGCUGCAAAGGCAGUUGAAAUUAUACGACAAGAAGAUGACAGUAUUCUAACAGCUUUUGCGUUAACACAAUUGUAUGCACCCGGGAAAAGCGCUGACUGAACAGCAAUUAGUUGAGCAUUAAUUCAUUUUUUAGAGGUCAAAUCGACUGGUUCAGUUAUUUACACCGAACGACCUAUCGCGGGCGACUGUAGCUGAACUAGUUAUGGAGUGGGGAAAAUCCCAAAUGAUUAGGUUAAAUCGCUGUAGAUGUGUUCUGUAUGAAUACAGGACCAAGAAUUUACAUUUACCUUGUAAAUACGUUGUUAUGCCUUGCUCCGUAUAUUUUUAUGGCUUACGUUACUGUUCCGUCGUAAAUCUAGUCAGCCUUUCGUGCUAUGUAAUCCUCUCUCAUCUAGACCAUUCAAAAAGCAAUUUUUGUUGUCAUAACUUGUGAAAUUUCGUUUUUUUAUCGCCAGUUGUAGUAUGUAUGUGAUUGUACAACGUGAAACAGCUGAAAAAUAGACCCAUGCAUUGUAUUCAUUUGACGAACCGAGCGUUCAUACUACAAUUUUUAUGGUAGAGUAGACCUGAAGUUUAAGUGACUGUCGGAACAAAAAAUUGAGCUAAAGAAUCCAAGGUGGUAGCUUAAAGGUCAUAUCCUAUUCAUUGAUAAUUUUUGAUUAUUAUCACCUUUAGUAUUUCCCUUAGAAUAUUUUGCAAAGAUUGUCAUCUCUAUUCAGUCACUAGCCGUGGAUCGCUUUCUACAUACUUUUCUCUUAUUUCAGUUUUUUAUAAACUGCUGUGAAGCUGUUCGCUAGAUACCUUUCUGAAAGUGGUUGAUUGAACUCAUGGUUGAAGUCGGGCAAGAUUUGUAUCUUACAAUCAAGCCAUCUACACCAACAAGUGGAAAACGAAAGUCUUCCAGUCGAUUAAGUCUGUUUCACUCAACUGCAAGAAAAUCGCGAGCGUCAGCAUCCGACUUGGAUUUGCCCACUCCUAGUGUCGCUGUUGGUCCCUUAAUUGAUGCAUCUCCGUCAGAUUUACAAGAUGCAUCACUACGCGCUAAGCUUGAGAAAAGACAGCAUCGUAUUUUCGAAUUUUUUGUUACGGAGCGGAACUACGUGGAAAUUUUACGUUAUUUAUGUUUAACUGCUUAUCCGCAAGUCACCGAUGAAACUCAACCAGGUGGACCUCUUUUACCUCGACAAGAAGCUGACUUUGUAUUUGGUAAACUUAUGGCUAUUUAUGAAAUACACGAACGUUUGCAACCUCAAUUCAGUGAACUGGAGAGUAAUUGGUCACUUUCUGAAAGUUGUCUGGGGGAUGUACUCCAUCUUCGUUUGCUGGGUGAAAUGAAUAAAGCUUAUGGAAAUUAUAUGCAGUUUUAUAGUCCACCACACUUACAUCACCUUGGUGAACAGUUUCCUCGUUUUCACUCCUUCAUGCGUCAAGUUGAAAAACGUAAAGAAUCUGGUCGUCAGAGUUUAGCAGCCUUAUUAGUUCGUCCAGUUCAACGGCUUCCUUCGAUUUCACUUUUAAUAGAUGGUAUAGCGAAGUUCACACCCCAGUCACAUCCAGAUUUCAAUGCAGUUAAACAGUUUUCCAAGGGAAUCAACGAUCUUUUAGCUAAAAUCAAUGACCAGUUAAGAAAAAAUGAAGAACGCCUUUCCUUACUAUCAUUGUAUCAUGAAAUUAGUGGUGCUCCACCUGAAAUGUUGUCAUCCUCUCGAAGUUUGGUGGCAAAACUUAAUGUUUUUGAAUUGGGUGUUAGCGCUUCUGGCAAUACCACUUGCGAACCAGUUACACUUUUUCUACUUUCUGAUAGUCUGGAAGUAGCUCGUCCUCGAAAGCGAUUCACUGGAGAGCCUCUUGCACAUGCGAUUCGAGCUGCAUUGGCUGCAGUGCAGGGUGAAGGAACUGAACACAAUUUUGACGGUACUCAUGAUCAGACAUCCGUAAACGCUGGGGAUAUUUCAUCAAAUCCUUCUGCAAGUAGGGGAGCUUCUGUAUGUCGUGCUGGUUCAGGAGCAUCUGGGACAAGCGUAAUGAGUCUGGGUCUUAUGGAAGGUAAACAAAGAUGCUGUUAUAAGCACUUACAGUUGCUGAAGCUGCAAGAGAUUAAACAGGUUGUAAAUUUCGAUACAGCCUCUCCGGAUCGAGCUGCAUUCGGUAUAGUUGUGCGUUCCAUUUCGGAAGUGGAUGAUCGUGUCCAUGCUUAUUGUUUGGCUGCUAGUUUCGCAGCUUCAGCUGCAGUUGUCAGUGGAAAAUGCCCAGAACCUGUUGAAUCCGCAGUUGCAGCUGCUACAGCCUCGGGACAAAUUUCCAAUUCUAUCAAUAUGGAUACUUCGUUGAUAAAUCUUUCUGUCUCCAAUUCUAGUAUUUCUCAUGUGGCAAUGUUACAGGCUUGCGUUGGUGAAGCUAAACGCGUUUUUCUUCACAGGUUAUGUCACCAUAUUUGCCAAGUCUCUUGUAUAUCAAAGAGUCCAGAGGAAAUACUUGUAGAUGUGGAACCCGUAGAAUUACUUGGUUUCGAUUUAGAACAGGUGUUUAAUGUAAAAGCUUCAGCCUUAGCAUCUAAAAGAAUAACGCGACAACUAACCCGUAGCAUAUCUAUAAAAACGCCUCGUCGCCUGGCUGCUUCUAGAUAUCAGUUUGGAAUACAACCUGCACAAGCUUUGAGCACUCCAAUGUCUCAUAGAUUACCUGUUACCAAUGGCGUGGAUGAAAAUCAAAUAACAGACAUGUAUAUUAUGCCAAGUCCAAGACGUUCAAUGCUUGGAUCGUUUCUGGGAUCAUCCUGUACCUCUUUGAGCAAGUUUCUAAACACAGCGUUGCGAGCUAACAAUAAUCUCAGUAUCAGUAACAAUAAUGAUCAUAAGAAUUCCGUUCUAAGUCGUUCUAUGCAUCCACCUAAUCGUUUUGCUAUGACACCCAAAUCAAUCAGGCGUCUUUUACCGCAAUCCUCAAGACAAAAUCCAUUUGAUGAUCUUGAGUUAGAUGAUGAUGAAGAUGAAAUUCCGUUCUCUCAAAUCGGAAGUUCUAUGCUGAGUUUAACAAGUUUAGAUAGCCUUUCCACCUUGGAUAAUCCUCUUCAUCAUGUCGAUGUAAUUCCUAAUCGCAACAAUCAAAAUCUCAAAUAUCGAGCCGGUAGCGCAAUAUGGGAAUCAGUCAGUCAUCUUGGAUUUAACACAUCAGAUGACGUUCGUUGUUCGUAUAGAUCACCCUCUGGGUCAUUUCUUGGCGGCUUAGGUGAAACAUGUUCAAGAAAAUAUGGUAAGAAGCAGAAAAAGCCAAAACUUCGCGCUGUAAGUCAACUGUUCCAACGAUCUUCACUUGUAACUAAAACGAAAGAAUCACGGAAAAUGAGUACCAGCAAAAAUAACAGUGGAACAAGUUCUCAAACGUCUUUGCCGAAUUCUCGUCGGGAUAGUCUACUACGUGGUCUAUUUUUCCGGAAAAACUGACGUACUAGGUAAAAUUAUCCUUGCUUUGUUUUUAUUAUCACUGUUCGGAUAAACUUAUAUGCUUCCAAGAACUAAAUCCGAAAUACAAGGGAUAUUUUGAUUCUGUUUGGUAUUCUCUUCAUUAUUUGCACCUUAUUAGCUCUGUUAUUUAGAAGUUUUUGAUCAAUUGGUAAAAUUCUAUCCUUG